ACAGCAGACAUUGAAUCAAUGUUUUAUCAGACUAGAGUCAUCGAGAGCGAUACAGAUGCAUUAAGAUUUUUAUGGUGGUCCGACAGCCUAGAAGACUCACCAGACGAGUACAAAAUGUUAGAGCACAUAUUCGGAGCCAAAUCUUUGCCAUGCUGUGCGAACAGGGCCCUACGAAUGAACGCUGAGGACAACGCAAGUGAUUUCGAUCCAGAAGUCAUCCAGUCAGUCUACCGUAACUUCUACGUAGAUGACCUACUGAAGUCCGCUCCAACGACGGAAGAGGCUACUCGUUUUGCAACCGACCUAGUUAAAUUGCUGAAGGUAGGCGGUUUCAGGUUUACCAAGUUCACAAGUAACUGCCGCGAAGUGCUGACGUCCAUUCCUCCCGAAGACAGAGCUAAUCCAACCCUAAACUUGGAUCUCGACAAGUUACCAAUGGAAAGAGCAUUAGGAGUGACCUGGGACGCAGAGUCAGAUACCUUCAGAUUCAAGGUUAUACCAACAAACAAGUCUCCAACGAAAAGAGGAGUGCUUUCAGUGGUCAGUUCGUUGUUCGACCCCUUGGGAUUUCUGGCCCCCCUCACGUUAUCAGUGAAGAUCCUCCUGCAAGAUUUAUGGAGAGCGGGAGUGUCAUGGGAUCAAGAAAUCCCAGAACCAUAUCUGUCGAUAUGGCGAGAGUGGUCU